GUGGGGGAAGGCGGGAAAAUGGCGAAUGUUUCGCGUUUCGAGUGAAUGGUUCGAUCAGUUAAUUGGGUUUGUUUUGAGGCAGUAGGGUAAACCUAUCCUGGAAUUCCCCACAGAGCUUUUGUCCAGAGGAGACUGGCUAAAACAGGGGGUUCGCUAUGGAAGAUGGGCCAAGUAUUCCUGACAAUCCCAAGACACAGGCCAAGAAAACGCAAGGAAGAUUGGUGAAGUCUCGGUAUAUGCAAUAUGAGAAGAAAGCAGUUGGGAAGGUGAUGAAAUAUGGCCGAACUAUUUACCCUAAGGGUAGUGACUUCUGUAGCCGAUCAAUCAACUAAUUGUAGUGGGAAGUCAUUUUCAAAUGCGAAGAUACCCACAAGAAAAUGCAAAACUACUUCAGGUGUUCCUACUCUAUCAGAAAGUACUACAAAAAAUAAUCUUCAGUCAACUUUAUUGGAAGGACACAGUAUUGCCCAUCCUGACCUAGAUCUCUCUGCAAUCAAUGACAAAAGUCUCUUCAGAGGAAAGGUUCCAGAUGUAAAACAUAUUAACACCUCUAAACCAUUGCAGACAGAUCAGAAUGUAGGGCCCAAAACAUUGAAAAAGGAGCAAACUUCAACUCCAGAAGAUAUAAUAAGAAUGAUUGAAUCUCAGACAUUGCUCUUAAACUUUCUAAGCCUGAAGAUGGAAAAAAAUCUCACAAGACUGGAAGAAAAAGCUGAAAAAAAUUUAUUAAUAAUAUGUGAAGAAAAGGACAAAUUUCAGCAAAAGGUUUACGAAAUGAAACGUAGAUUACAACUUCGUCAGAGAGAUCAGCAGCUUGCUGAAAUUGUUACUAAGCAGAAUGAAGUGCUUGCUCCCUCUGUAGCCAAGUCUGAGUGUUUUAAGGAGGAAUACAAAACCUUCGCAACUGCUCUAGAUUCCACCAGGCAUGAACUGCCAGUGAAGCAGAUUCACAUGGAAGGAAAUAGACACAAGUUUUUAGAUGAUUUACAACAUCAACUAAUCGUCUCACGUAGCCUCUUGUCGGAAGUUACUAACGAGCACUCGGAAGGAAAUUGUAAAGCAUUUGAUGCAAUGUGUGACCUCCAGAAGGUAGUGCUAAAGAAGGACACAGAGCUUAAGAGGACCUUUGCCGAGGUGCUUGAGCUGUCCUCUGAAGUCAGUAAAGAAGCCUCUUUAAAUAACCAAGAAGUCUGGGAAGAUACUCAAGAAUCAGAGAUUCUUAGUCAGUGGUAUUUCAGUCGCCCAUAGGUACCUGUGAUUCUUGACUAAGUAGUCGGUUUGGGUUGUCACUCUCUGUACAUAUGUAUCUUCACCUAAGGGUGUCUGCAAGAUCAUUAAAGUGAUCUGCUGUAGAAAAUACUUUGGUACUGUGUAGAGUUCAAAAACCGGAAAACUGGGAGUUAUCAAACACUUCUGUAUUUAAAAUUUGGAUAUUUUUAAUAAAUAUUGACAUAUUUGCAUUA